CAUUUUCGAAGAGGUACACAACAGCAGCAAAGGCAAACGUAGUUUUGCUUUGUAUUGUGGUAAAAACGAUAGGUUUUUUUUAUUUUUUUUUAACCACAUACGCUCCCCUUGUAAUUUAAGCUUGGGAUCCAACAUCUUAACAUCAAGAUGUCGUACAUGCUACCACAUCUCCACAAUGGCUGGCAGGUCGACCAAGCCAUCCUAUCUGAGGAGGACCGAGUCCUCGUGAUCCGCUUUGGACACGACUGGGACCCAACAUGUAUGAAAAUGGACGAAGUUCUCUACAGCAUCGCUGAAAAGGUAAAGAAUUUUGCUGUCAUUUACCUGGUGGACAUCACCGAAGUGCCCGACUUCAACAAGAUGUACGAGUUGUACGACCCCUGCACCGUCAUGUUCUUCUUCAGGAACAAACACAUCAUGAUUGAUUUGGGCACCGGUAAUAACAACAAGAUUAAUUGGACAAUGGAGGACAAGCAGGAGAUGAUAGACAUUGUUGAAACGGUGUACCGAGGAGCAAGAAAAGGAAGAGGUCUGGUGGUGUCUCCAAAGGAUUAUUCUACAAAAUACAGAUAUUGAUUUUUACUUUUAUCCUCAAACACCUGUUUUUUUUCCUGAUAUUUUGUGCCACAACACAAAGACUACAAGUUACAGAAAUCAAGGAAGAUCAUAUUUUUUACAUUUGUGUUUUUGCCAGUGAAACAGGACAAGAUUCUUAUUCAUAGUCACGACUGUGUUACACUGGGCCAUUUGUGUUUUUUGUGUGUAGAUAGAGGUGUUGUUCAGUGUCUUCAGCAACAAGUUUCUUUUGUGAUAAUGGGUGUUUAAGAAUGCAUACAUGGUGUAAAAGUUUUAAUAAACAUGGAUGGAUAUUUACA